AUGGGUAAAGGCGGUAAAGGUAAGGGCGGCCCGAAGGGCGUCAGCAAGGGCGACGGAAAGAAGGGCGGCAAAGGAAAGGGCGGCGCCAAGGGCGGAAAGGGCGGCAAAGGAAAGGGAAAGGGAGGCGGCAAGAAGGGCGGCGGCAAGAAAGGCGGAGCGGCCGCCGUUGUCAUCAAGCCUCACGAGCGAUUCGAGCGAGUGUACAUCGCAUCCGCCAAAGACGACAGCAUGGUAACGAAAAACAUGGUUCCGGGUGAAUCCGUCUACGGCGAGAAGAGAAUCAGCGUCGAGUCGGACGCACUCCCGACCGUCGAAGGCGCUAAGCCAGAGAAGGUAUAAUUUUUGAUUUAUAUUUUCAUCAAGUGAAAGUGUUGCGCCACGACUGGAUCAAAAUCAAUGCAAACGACGACUCGUACCGAACCACAAAGUGCAUAAGAAUUCUCCGUUAAAUAUAUUGUCAAUCUUGUCAAUUCAAAUUGAUUACAAUUUCGUUUAUCCCUGCAGGUCGAAUACCGUGUGUGGAAUCCGUUCCGAUCCAAGCUCGGCGCUUCCAUCGUCGGUGGUAUCCAGUACAUGCCAAUCAAGGAAGGCUCAAAAGUCAUCUACCUCGGUGGCGCUUCCGGUACUAUUCAUAGAACUUCUCCCAUAGUUGCAGUUCCUCUUUCCCGGAACCCUGUGUUAUUUGUGCGUCUUGCACUUGAACUUCCUGCACUGGUGUCUCGAAGAAAAAGUUAGUUCUUCGAAAUCAUAAUCCCAACACGCAUAAUGAAAGGUACGACUGUCUCUCACGUUUCCGAUAUGGUCGGACCAACCGGUGUCGUGUACGCAGUUGAGUUCUCCCACCGAUGUGGCCGAGAAUUGACCAAUAUGGCCAAAAAGCGACCGAACGUUGUCCCAAUUGUCGAGGUAUAGCUUUUCCCUUGGAUAUUAAUAAAUAUUUGUUUGUUUUUGAUGCAGUACUCGCCGUUGGUGAUGAUCGUGAAGCAUCUACUCUGAUCACUGGGUAGGAUACCAAUCUUCAACUCCUUCUAUAGCUUGGUUGUAAACUGUGAUUUUUCAUCAAUCAUUCUUUCAGGAUGCACGAUUCCCGAUGAAGUACCGAAUGCUCAUCGGCGCAUGCGACGUUCUUUUCGCGGAUGUAGCCCAGCCAGAUCAGGCAAGAAUUUGCGCCCUCAAUGCCUCUAUGUUCUUGAAGAACAACGGCUGGUUUAUCAUCUCUAUCAAGGCGAACUGCGUCGACUCAACAGCCGCACCGGAAGCGGUAUUCAACAUCUAGAUUUUUGUGCUGUUAGAUCUCUAUCUCUUGUUGAAAUAAAUCAGGUUAAGUAUCCAUGAAGCGUUUAUUCUUGAUCCCUCUACUUAGGUCUACGCUAGCGAAAUCGACAAGAUGAAGAAGGAGAUGAUGAAGCCAAAGGAGUAUUUGACUUUGGAGCCGUACCAUCGUGAUCACUGCGUUGUCGUCGGCGUCUACAGAGGCGACAAGAAGAAGAAGGACGAGAAGAAGUAAGGACGUUCGUCUGGAAGUCACCUCAACAAGAAAAACAAUGAAUAACAAAAAGAACUGGAAGAUACGAAGAUUUAUACGUUUUGAUGUUUGAGUUUACAAGUCAGUGCAACAACGACAAUGCUUAGAGAUGCCAAGAUGGACCUAAACGCCAAAGGGGUUCUCGCCUGGAUCUACAGCACGCUAUGAUAUGAUCGUUUUAUGGUUUGGGUACCCGAUAAAUCUAAUGAUGUUAUGGAAAAUGCACAUGGCGGUUUGCCCAUGCCUCGACCAACACCAAAAAUGCAACAGUGGGUAUGGAAAAGGAAUAAGGCCGUAAUAUAUCUAGGGAUAAGAACGAAAUGUCAAGGAAAAAGGGAUUGACGAGAAGUUGCAAGAAGACUGCAAAUUAUAGAGCAGCCGAACGUGGAAAUGAAUUCUCCUAUGAUAUGGAUGUAGUUGUGGACGGAGUUGCAAGAACUGCCACUGCGUUAUUUGAUCGAGAAAGGAUAGUUCGUUGCAGCUUUUAAAGGUGGUGAAAAAAAUGAAACAAUCAAAAAA